CUCAAACGCUGCACAAAUGCUGUCAUUGCCUACGUUUUUAUGUGUUAACUCAAAAAUGUUGUGUCUAUGGUCGAUCAGACUCAAGUAUACUGAGGAAUUCAUAAAGAGGAAAUCCUCCGGUGACUGAAAGAAGAUAAAACGUGACUAUUUGGUUUUGCAAAUAAAUGGGGUUUUUUUUCGCCCGACUUAACCAUGAGGAAAUCCACAGGAAUCGGACCCAACAUGUCGAAGCUAACAGUCAUCGCCUUCAGCCAUACUGCACUCUGGAUGAUAUGUUCAGCAGUGUUACUUCCAUCUGAACUACAAGGUCCUCUAGACCAUUCCGUGUUAGUGGAGAUGCGGAGGCACUUCUGUUCAACUUCAGAACCAGGGUACCUCAAUUUCCAACAUUUGAUGUUUUGGGUGUUUUCAGAGACUUCCUGGAUCCCUGCAAACCUAUUUCUUAGUAAAUGCUCGCAGAUAUUCUUCCUUUUUUUCAGACAACUCUGCGACUCUCAAAUGUACUCCGAACGGCACCUUUGCCGGAUUCUUUGUCGGCAAAACGACUGGUAUGAUUGCUUCAACGACACAGGUUCUCAAUUGUGUGGAGCACCAUGUACAAAUCCGUAUUGUCGUUAUGAAGACGCCGUGGUGUGCCAAUAUGGCGAGUGUUCAUGUAUAUACUCCAUACGAGCGAGUCCCUUUUGCGGGUGCAGAAACGAUGACGUAUUGGCAACCUCCGUUCCUGGUCCAGGGUCUCAAUAUACAAUUAGCAACUGCACCAAUGCCAAUUCAACAUUGGUUUUAUCGACACCAUCAACUUCCAUAGAGGAAACCUCAGCCCCAGUGGGCCUAUCCACAUCGAGCGAAUUCAACAUUCCACAAUCAACAUCCUUGCAACCGAGCAAGCAGUCCACGACAGCGACUUCAAAACAUAGGCCUAAUGGCCAAGUCAACGUCGUCGCCAUCGCUUUGGGGGCGGUCUUGGUGAGUCUUGUGGUGAUUUACCUUUGCCGAAGUGGAAAAUUGUCAGGCAUGCUGAAGAAACCGUCAAAGCAAGACGACCAGUCUUCUAGUAUCGAGUUUGGAACGCAGGUUUCUAACAGAGAGAGAUUACCUGAACCACUGGCACUCGGCGGUGUUGAUGAGUACUCGUACGCACAUGAUCACUUGUCAGGGGGACCAACCACACAAGGAACUGGGAUGGACGCUUCAGUAACCCAUGCAUAUGUGAAUGUACAAGAGAGCGCCCUCUGUGCGAAGGGCAGACCUGCAGUUGGCUUAACGGCAGGUGUGGAGUUGUCCAGGUCGCAGAACGAGACCCCCGCGUACGAGGAAGUCAGUGCGGCAGGUACUGAUGUGCAGGACAACGCAGCCUCGAACCCGUACCAACAACUCAACAGAGCAACAAUGGAGAGUACGACUUACCAGGAAUUGAAGGGCAAACCUAAUGAACACGGCCUCAAGCUUAAUGAGAAUAAUACUACAGAUGUUUUCAACUUUGUGGAGCACCAUGUCAAAACCCGCAUUGCCGUUAUAAACUGCACCAAUGCCAAUUCAUCAUUGGUUUUCUCGACACCAUCAACUUCCAUAGAGGAAACUUCAGCCCCCGUGGGCCUAUCCACAUCGAGCGAAUUCAACAUUCAACAGUCAACAUGCUUGCAACCCAGCAAGCAGUCCACGACAGCGACUUCAAAACAGUCCACGACAGCGACUUCAAAACAUAACGACGGUGGCCAGGUCACCGUAGUUGUUCCCAUCGCCAUAGGGGCGGUCUUGUUAAUCCUGGUGAUUCUUGUGGUGAUUUACCUUUGCCGGAGUGGAAAAUUGUCAGCCAUGCUGAAGAAACCGUCGGAGCACAAAGACGAGUCCAGAAAUGCUGAGUUGGGAAGGAAAGCUUCCAACAGAGCCCAGUUACCUGAGCCACUGGUAAUCAAUAACCUGGAGUACUCGUACGCGUAUGAUCACUGGCCGGUGAGACCACCAAACGCCACCACCGUUGACCCUUCGCCAGUCACCCGCGCAGGCGCACUAGUCGACGGACAGGGGAGCGUCCGCUAUGUGACAGGUGGGCCAACUACGGAGGCCGCAGACGUACAUCCUGAUUUUGUUCUUGAGAGACGGGCUGGCUAUGAAGAAGUUGAAAUUGGAAAUGACGAAGGGAGUGGUUCUGCCACCGAAGUUGCUCACUCGUCCCCAGGGCAGUCUUUAACGGAGGGAGAUGAUCAUGCCUAUUUCCAAGUGUUUCCGACCAGGGAGUCGCAAAGGUCACAUAACAAAACCCCUGGGUACGAGGAAGUCAGUGUGACAGGCACUGAUGUACAAGAAAACGCCGCCUCGAGCCCAUACCAACAGCUCAACGGAGCAACGAUGGAGAGUUCAGAGUACCAGGGACUGAAAGGCAAAGCUGACGAUGACCUCACUGGGGAGGAGAAUGCCUCGAGCCAAUACCAACACCUCAACAGAGCUGCAUUGAAGAGGUUCAACGAGGGUGAUAGGCAGAAGGGUAAUGAUGAUUAUGAGCAUUUGAAGGGCCAAUCUGAUUAUGAUGUCCCUAGGCCCGUUGGGUAUAAAACUACAGAGUAAAGUGACUUAAAUAAAGUCAGAAACCGUCAUUAAAACAGCGUACAGUUGUUACUGUAGCAGUCGCUUAAUGUUGUGGUCAAUACCAAAUAGGCCGCUUAUGGUGCACCUCUUGUUGGGGAGUAUGAUAAAAACAGAACCAAAAAAAAACAAAAAAAACAUAUUUUUAA